UCACCGGAAGACGCGGAGGUCGAACAAAUGUCCUCUCGGGCAUGAUGCGGAGUAAGAUAGAUGAAGAUGAGAUGUGUUAUUCUAUUUGCAAUGCCGGAGAAGGAUAUGAUUCAUCACUUGUAUAUAUUCUUGAAACGAUUUGUCCUGGUUUGUUGCAUCCUCCUAGUGUUCACUUCAAUUAUGCUAUGUAACCAGUAGAUGUACUUGGAUAUAUAUUUUGGUUGGGAUACAUUAGCUUUAUUUUCGAUCCAAUCAUCUCAAGGGACAUGUCACUUUGGAGUGCACGAUCUGAUUAGUGCGAGUCGUUGGAGCCAUGCAUGCAUGCGUCAGAAUUAAGGAUGUGUCGUGUUCUAAAUUUGUAAUUAGUUUAGGCUCCACGAGAUCCUGCUCCCUCCAUAAACUAUAACGGCUCGAUGUGGUUACCGCACCAACCAGCUUCUUCAACACCCAUUCAAAUCAUAGCCAAGACGGCCAGCUUCGCCUCCCCUCCCACACCAGCCAUGGCCCAACCGGCAGCACCAGCAGCUCCACCGAUGAGUUCACCAGAGAGUGCCACCGCGAUCGCCACCGAGAGCUCACCAGAAGACGCCCUAUCCGGAGAGAGCCUCAAGGACUUCAUAUCCUCGCUCCCGUCAAGGGAGGGGUGGGCGCAGCCGCUCAUCCGGUACAAGGGCUACUGGUUCAAGCCGGGGAUCCUGGAGGGGGUCCUGCACGCCAGCCGGGCCUUCGCGCCACGAGCCGCCGACAUCGUCCUCGCCACGCAGCCCAAGUGCGGCACCACCUGGCUCAAGGCCCUCGCCUUCACCAUCGUCAACCGUUCACGCCACAGCCUCGGCGCCCACCACCCGCUCCUCACCCACCACUCGCAGCACCUCGUGCCGUUCAUCGAGAUCCCUGGCGCUGCCGGCGGCCAUGUUGACCUCGGCGCACUCCCGUCCCCGAGGCUCCUCGCCACGCACAUGCCCAUGUCGCUGCUCAGGCCAGAGACGCGGUCGCUUGGGUGCCGGGUCGUGUACCUAUGCCGGGACCCCAAGGACACGCUCGUCUCCAGGUUGCACUUCGAGAACAAGCUGGUGGCGUGGGGCGGCGGCGCCUGCCUGUCGAUAGACGACGCCUUCGACAUGUUCUGCGAGGGGUUCUCGCCCUACGGCCCCUUCUGGGACCACUGCCUCGAGUACUGGGAGGAGAGCGUGGCGAGGUCGGACACCGUCCUCUUCCUCAAGUACGAGGAGAUCAAGUCGGACCAGAUGCAGGUCGUGAGGAGGCUCGCGAGGUUCCUCGGCGUCCCGCUGACCGAGGAGGAGGAGAGGUCCGGCGUGGCGGAGGAGGUUGCGAGGAUGUGCAGCUUCGAGACGCUCACGGGCCUAGAGGUGAACCAGGUCGGCGGCGUCAGUCACGGGAAUAAAGUUCACGUUGAUAACUCCGUGUUCUACAGGAAGGGCGAGGUAGGGGACUGGGCGAACCACAUGAGCCGCGAGAUGGGGGAGAAGCUCGACCGCAUCAUCCAGCAGAAGCUCCAGGGGUCCGGGCUUGUGUUUUGAGCAAGUGUCAUCUGUCAUCUGUUGUGUUUUUCCUUUCCACUCUGCUUCUUCUUGUUGGGGAGAGCCCUAUGUUGGUUAUUGUGGUUUAAUUAUGGGAAUAAGAAUUAAACAGUCAAGCA